UCAUAGGUAUGCCAAGGUGACACCAUCCGUGUAACAGUUAAUAAUACUAUGGAGGAUGAACUCAGCACAUCGAUCCAUUGGCACGGCCAGUACCAAUACGGAACCAACUGGAUGGAUGGUGUUGGUAUGGUCACUCAAUGCCCCAUAAAGAAUGGUCCAUUAUUCGUUUACGAAUUUGUGGCAAAUCCAGCAGGAACCCAACUCUGGUACGAUAUGUCAGGAUUAAGCCAGAGCGACGGCUUGUUUGGCUCAUUGAUUGUUAGACAACCCAUCGAAGAGGAAGCAGAGGUCAUCAGCAAAGCGUAUGACUACGAUCUUGCUGAACACGUGAUUGUGAUGAGUGACUGGUCAACUAUAGAUGGACUGGAAACAUUCACCACUGCCUAUGCACCUGCCAAAGUAGUCAGAGAUCAUACUAUUAAUAUCUUGAUUAACGGAAAGGCACAAGGAGCGGAGUUCAUAGACGCAUUUGGAAGAAGUGCGUACACUCCACGGGAGACAUUCGGAGUUGUAAAGGGAAAUCGCUACCGUAUGCGGAUCAUGAAUGCAGCAGCAACGUCUUGUAACAUCGCCGUUUACGUCGAAUCCCAUUCGCUGAAAGUUAUUGCUGCGGACGGCAGUCUGGUCGAUCCAGUAGACGUAGAUUACUUGAUCAUCUCGCCAGGCGAAAGGUUAUCCUCGUACUGUAUGCACUUUGUUGGGACAUCAUCAAGCGCGUGUCAGAUUUCGUCAUCUGCAAUUCUACAUUACAAUGACUACGACAAAAACCUGGCGUGCAGCAAUUCUCUUAUAUUCGACGAUGUAGUGUCGUCACUCUUUUUUUUUUGGUUAUGCUGUAGAGAUGUAUAUUCAGUAGGCUCAAGCCUUGUAGGUGUCGAUGACCUGCGAUAUGUAUCACUCAGUACCUUUUACGAUGACCGGUUCAAGUCUUUGCACACGUAUGGCUGGGUUCAGGUGAUUGACAACGUGGCUUAUAAAGUUUCACAUGCACCAUUGCUGAGUCACGAGACGGACGGUAUUGAGAUAUGUGAGGCUAAUGGCGACUACAAAAUAUACGAAUCUUGUGAAGACAAGAUAUGUUCAUGUACUAAUGUCAUGAAAUUAGAACUAGGAAAGGUUGUUGAAUUUGUACUUAUGAACGUGAAAGGGAGUGUCUAUUCCCACCCAAUGCAUCUACAUGGACAUGUCAUGGGUCAAGGAACGUUCGACGACCAAUCGGUCACAGAGGAUGAAGUUAAGGAACUUGAUAAAUUAGGUCUACUGCAAAGACUUCCUGUAGACCAAGUUGUCAUAAAAAACACAGUUGAUGUACCAGUAAACGGUUACGCAAUCAUCCGAUGGAAGGCAGAUAAUCCAGGAUUAUUGUACUUUCACAGUGAAGUCGUCAACCACCAAACAGCUGGAAUGGGUGUGGUUAUACAAGUAGGCGAUGACGAUGAAAUUACGAAACCACCAAAAGACUUUCCGAAGUGUGGUCCUUGGUCACCUUAG